ACUGGCCUGCUGGGCCCGUGGGAGGGGGCCGUCAGGGGAAGGCCCUUCUCGUUUGUCUGGGGAAUGGAACUUCCGCUUUGGACUGAGAGCAGCAGGCUCCUGGCUCCCGGUCCCACUGCUGCUGAGCCCAGCGACAUCCCAGGACGUCAGGUUCCCAGGAAGCAGCGGAGGCAGUGUGGCAAUGAAGACCCUGAGGGGCAGCGUCCCGGCGCUGCUGCCGCUGCUGCUCCUGAACCUGCUUCAUGUCUCCCAGGCCCAGAUCUUCUGCAUGCCUGGCAUCCCGGGUAUCCCAGGGAUACCGGGCCCUGAUGGCAUACCUGGGACCCCGGGGAUCAAGGGAGAGAAAGGGUUGCCAGGGCAAGUAAGAGACCACGAUGAGGUUGGAGAGAAGGGAGAUCCAGGGAUUCCUGGGAUUCCAGGAAAAGUCGGCCCCAAGGGCCCCAUCGGCCCCAAAGGUACCCCAGGGCCUCCUGGAGCCCGUGGCCCCAAGGGCGAGUCCGGAGACUACAAGGCCACACAGAAAAUCGCCUUCUCUGCCAAGCGUACCAUCAACACCCACCUGCGGCCGGACCAGGCCAUCCGCUUUGAUCAGGUGAUCACCAACGCCAAUGAGAACUACGAGUCUCGAAGUGGCAAGUUCACGUGCAAGGUGCCCGGCCUUUAUUACUUCACCUACCAUGCCAGCUCUCGAGGGAACCUGUGCGUGAACCUCAUGCGUGGCCGAGAGCAGGUGCGGAAGGUGGUCACCUUCUGCGACCAGGUCCAGAACACCUUCCAGGUCACCACGGGCAGCAUUGUGCUCAAGCUAGAGGUGGAGGAGACCGUCUUCCUGCAGGCCACCGAGAAGAGCUCCCUGCUGGGCAUCGACGGCGCCAACACCAUCUUCUCUGGGUUCCUGCUCUUCCCAGAUGUAGAGGCGUGACCUGUGGGGCUGAUUCACUCCCUCCCCCGCCAGCCGUGCUCACUUUACCCCCAACAGGACCCCCCUCCCCCAGGCAAAGCACACAGUAGGGCUCCAUGGAUAUUGCUGAAUGAACAAGUAAAUAAACUUUUCAAGGCCAAGA